AUGGCGCGUAAAGGCCCUGGUACAGAUGGCCCUCUACAGACAGUCCUUCUGGAAUCCACGUCUACAGCCACAACAAGAGCUUCUGAAGGACAGAAGAUCUUCAGCCCCAUAGCUGUAUUCCUUGAUAAACACCGCAGCCAAACCACCGGCCUUGCUCCUCACCUACUGAGAGCCCUCACCGCUCUAAGUGAUGACCUCGCCUUGGUAGCUCAACAACAUUUCAACGCUUAUAUCAGCGGUAUCUUGACGACCUUCAUUCUACCUGCCCUGUCCCCUACCCCUUCCUCUUCCCCCACCCUAAAUCCCUUACCCCCUUCACCCCCUCCCUCACGUCCCCCCUCAGGUCUUAACCAGUCAACUUAUGCGACUAUUACCCAACAUGCCCUGGUCAAAUCAACUCCCACCACUCACCCUAAAGUCUCCAUCAAAAAGCCUAUGCCUCUGGUGAAACAACCCUUUCCUGACAUCUGGCUCUUCGUACGCCUCCCAGCUGACCAUGCAGCCAGAAAAAUGGAAGCCUACGCUAUCUACUCUAGCCUACGAUCUCAACUAAACUUAAAUAGUGCAGCACUAAAAGAAGUCCAAGCUACAAAGACUGGCUUUGCACUAUGCCCCUCAUCUCCAGAAGCCCUCCUAGCCCUUGAGGCCCAAAAAGAGACUAUCUCUGCAUUCUUUGUUAACUGCCAGAUAGAACGCAGCUCCCGAUGGGUCUCGUACCGAGUCACCAACGUGCCAAGGAAAAUUGGCCAAAUCUUGGAUGGUCAAUACUCUCUAAUCCCUGUCAAUCCUACACUACUAUCCUUAGAAAUUAGCGAAACUACAGGGCUCAAGCCUAUAUCUAUUAGCGAGACCACUACGAGCGCUGCCAACCCUGAUACUCUCUCCUCAAGCUGCUACGUCUUUUUGGCACUAUCACCAAUGCUCGUCACCUCUCUAAGAAAACAACAGUUAUUCAAUGCACACGAUGCUGGAAAUGGCAUAAUGCACGAUCCUGUGCACGCCCCUCUCAAUGCCGACUAUGCGGCUCCUCAGAGCAUACUGAAGAGGGCCAUGUCAACCGCUGCACAGCCCUGGAGCCUCAUCAGUGCCCUCCCAGAUGCAUACACUGCCAUGGACCACAUCCUGCUGAUUUCCCAGAAUGCCUUCUGCGCCCCAAAGGCAAUACUAAACAUACUAAAGCUCAACAAACAGAGAUCCGCAAAUCCUGCGCCAUAA